AGGGUUUCUACCGCGGGACACAGCUAAGCACCACCAGGAGCGAGUGUUGGAGAUCUUGCAGAAGGCUCUGGAUGAGGCAGGGAUUGCACCACACGAGAUUGACUGUGUUGCAUACACAAAAGGCCCCGGGAUGGGCGCCCCGCUGGUGUCCGUGGCCCUGGUGGCACGCACUGUGGCCCAGCUGUGGAGCAAGCCUCUGGUGGGAGUGAACCACUGCAUUGGCCACAUUGAGAUGGGGCGGCUCAUCACUGGAGCGCACAACCCGAUAGUGCUGUACGUCAGCGGAGGCAACACACAGGUGAUUGCUUACUCUCAGAGGAGGUACCGCAUUUUUGGGGAAACCAUCGACAUCGCGGUGGGAAAUUGCUUGGACAGAUUUGCUCGGGUACUCAAGAUAUCCAAUGAUCCAAGCCCUGGAUACAACAUUGAGCAAAUGGCAAAGAGAGGGAGCUUCGUGGAGUUGCCGUACACUGUCAAGGGCAUGGACGUCUCCUUCUCAGGGAUCCUCUCCUACAUCGAGGAGGCAGCGCAGAGAAUGCUGGCGAGCGGCGAAUGCACUGCAGAGGAUCUAUGUUUCUCACUGCAGGAAACCGUGUUUGCGAUGCUGGUGGAGAUCACGGAGCGUGCCAUGGCACACUGUGGAGUCAGGGAGGUGCUCAUCGUGGGCGGAGUUGGGUGCAACCUGCGUCUGCAGGAGAUGAUGGAGGUGAUGUGCAAGGAGAGAGGAGCAAAGCUCUUCGCUACUGAUGAGAGGUUCUGCAUCGACAACGGAGCGAUGAUAGCUCAGGCUGGUUGGGAGAUGUUCCGAUCAGGCCUCACAACAGAGAUCAAAGACUCAUGGAUAACGCAACGAUUCCGUACGGACGACAUGGAGGUGACUUGGAGGGAUUAAUUGAAGCAGAGAGUACACAAUUCCUGUUGUUCACCGAAGUUGGCGAACCACCCGAUAUAUUAUCUUGUAUAUCUUUGUUUUCAUGAAAUAAACUGUAAUAUUCCAUCAA